UAUGCAAAUUGAAUAAUCCGCCAUUUAUAUAUCACAACAAGAUAUAAAAACACCACCCCCCACAAAGUUACACACAAUUAGCCCACGACCCUGAACGAACAUAUUUAAUCUUGUGCAGAACAAUUUCACAAGUGUUAUUUUGAGUCAAUUUUCUUAGUUGUGAUAAUAUGAGGGUGAACACAGAGUUUGAGCGCGUUCUUAAGUAUUUCAAUGAAGAUGGGGAUGGUAAGAUUUCCCCAUCUGAGCUUAGGAACCGGCUAGGCAUGAUGGGUGGUGAGUUAUUGUUCAAAGACGCUGAAAAGUUGAUUGAGGAAUUGGAUUCUGACGGUGAUGGGCUUUUGAGUUUGGAAAAUUUUGUGAAGAUAAUGGAGGAUGCUGGGGAAGAGAAGUUGAAGGAUUUGGCAGAGGCUUUUGAGAUGUACCGUAACACUGAAAUGUAUGGGUUUAUAACAACCAAAAGCUUGCAAAGGAUGCUGCGUAGGUUAGGAGAAUCAAAAUCCAUGGAGCAAUGCACAACUAUGAUUGACCACUUUGAUUUGAAUGGAGAUGGCCUGCUUGUAAAACAAUUAAGGUUUUCUAGAUUAUUAAUUAUAGGAAAUUAACAUGAUCUUAAAAUGUAUGAUUCUCACAAAUAAUAAAUAAACAAAUAAUGGGUACCUUUUUUCCUAGGAAAGCUUCUUUCCGGUGGUGUACUUUGAUUUCCUUGGAAGAGGAGAGAAAUAAAAUUUCACUCCCUUGACUAUUCUGUCUGUUUCUCUGCGUUUGUGAUGACUAUAAAUGAGAGAGAACACUUUUUUUGUCA